AGCAAGCUGGAUCUCUCCCAGCUUUUAUUGCUGCUUCAAUUUCUUCCUCGUUUGCUUCGUCCCCGCGGCGACAACCUCCUCCACCACGGCCGAAAUCCACUCCGCGUGAGCGCUUCCACGCCUGACGCCACCGCACCCACGCUUGCUCCUCCGCCGCCGCCGGCCGCGAUGAUGAAGGACAAGAUGAAGGAUUUCAUGAAGAAGGUCACCUCCUCCGGGACCCCCUCCUCCUUCAAGGGCACCUCCCACGUCCUCGGCUCCGGCCCCUCCCCCUCCUCCUCCUCCUCCUCCUCCCACCCCGCUUCCCGCCCCACGAAUCCUACCCCUAACCCCAGGCCCGCCCCCACCAAGCAGCCAUCGCCGCCUCCACCGCCCGCGUCGACCACCGAAUUCACCCCCUUCGCGCCCCUCAUCUCCUCCUCCCGCCGCCCCGACGCGAACGGCGCGCCCGCGCCCACCGUCGCGUGCCCGAGCUGCGGGGACGCGUUCCCCUCCGAGCUCGCGGUCUCCGAGCACCUCGACGGGUGCCUCGCGUCGGCGGGGGGCGCCCGCGCGCGCGCCGCCGCGUAUCUCGCCGCCGACCCGCCCCCGCCCGCGGCCGCCGUCGAGGUGCUCAAGCGCCUGCUGGGAAACCUGCUCCGGGAGCCCCGGAGCGACAAGUUCAGGCGGGUGAGGCUGGGCAACCCGCGGAUCAAGGAGGCCGUCGCGGACAGGGAGGGCGGGGUGGAGCUCCUCGAGGCCGUCGGGUUCCUGGUUGGGGACGAGGGCGGGGAGCUCUUCGCGUUGAUGGACGAGGUGCCCAGCGACGUCAGGCUUGGCGGGAUCAGAAGGGCCGUGCUCUUGCUGGAGAGGGCGCACCCCUCGGCGUCACCAGCUCAGGUGGAUGCUGACGAAAAGGAGAGCUGCAGCAAUGGGGUUUAUGGACAGGAGGAGGUCAAGAAGACCAUCGAUCGUCAGAUUCGGGUAUUCUUCUCUGUUCCUGGGAGUUCUGUUGCAGAUAAUGAUGUACCAGAUUCUUUUUACAAUCUUAGCGGAGAGGAGAUAAGGAAUGAAGCAAGGAUGAGGAGGGAAAGGUUAGAGCAAUCUCGACUGCUAAUUCCAAAAUCUUACAAGGAGAAGCAGGCACUGGCUGCUCGACAGAAGUAUAAGCAAGCAGUCAUCCGAGUUCAGUUUCCAGAUAGAGUGAUUCUUCAGGGUGUAUUCCUUCCAGGAGAGGCCACUGGUUCACUCUAUGAGUUCGUUGCAUCUGCUCUGAAGCAGCCAGGUUUGGAAUUCGAACUCAUCUUUCCAGCUGUUCCUAAGCCGCGCGUGGUACCUCAUUUCCCGAAACCAGGGGAACGGUCACGCACGCUGCAAGAGGAGGACCUGGUCCCUUCUGCGCUCCUCAAGUUCAAGCCCAAGGAGACUGAUUCCGUCAUGUUCACCGGUCUGCUUGACGAGCUUCUCCAGGCCAGUGAGCCACUUCCUGCUGCAUGACGAUCAACGGUACGAGCUUCUCCAGGCCAGGAACCACUUCCUGCUGCAUCGCGAUGAACUGUACGUAUAGAAGUUAAUUGGUGGGCCGCUGACUCCCAUUGCCCGCAAAUAGAUGUUGUCGAUUUUACUGCCGUGGUUCCGUUACAUCAGCCUCAAAACAGAGUUCUAGCCAACAGUAUUGCUUUAGUCUGGAUACCUGAUACAUGAUGCAUACAGUAUCGCCUGACGUACAUUGUGUGGCAAGACUGCUCAAGAAUUCGCAAGGCCCAUGUUCGACUGGAUUUUAAUUGGGCCUGGCUCAAAUGUACAGCAACAAUACUUGAAAGAUCACUCUGUUGACAUAGCGGCGUGCCGGCGUCUGCGUAUUCGAUGAUUGCGCUGUGCCAAUGUUGUUACUUUAAGAUUGAUAUAUUUACCAUUCUAGUACUGUUUUUAUGUA